UAAUCAAAUUGAGCAUGGCCAGUCGAGUACUCAAAGUUCAUUCUGCACAGCUCAAUUAUCUGGUCAUGGAGGUAUUUUGUAUACUGUCUGUGUUUUGCAUAUUACAUUUGUACCAUUUAUGUUGUGCAUUGGGUGUUUGAAACAUUGUUCUGUUGUAAAGUUGGGUUAGACGUACGUUGAAGCUCGGAGCGAUAUUUCGUAUUCACGGUCACAAAAGAAAUGCUCCGCUGUACCAUGUGAGUUUAAAUAAUAUUAUUGUUUCAAUUGUAGAUGUACAGUGGAGUUAUAUUGUCUUUUAUUUCGUAUCGUGGAUCAAUAGGGAAAAGGAGAGUUGUUUUUGUACAGAAUGAAGACCACCAGCACCGCUACGUUAUGUCUGUCGUGGAGGAAGAGAAAUUUGUUAAAGAACAAGCAAUGUUACAGUCUGAGCUAAACCAGCUUAGUCAAAGCUUGGCUUUUGUUGCACGUCAAAGAAGAUGUGCUAUUCUUAAACGAAGGGGUCAUGUGAGGCGAAUGCGUAUUGAUAACAGAGGUGUGGAAGUAACUUUUGCUCGGCUCUUGAGUAAACGUUCGAGAUUAAUGAGACGUAUUUAUCUACAUAGAAAGAGAUUUGGUCAUCCUGAUUUCCAGAAUUUAGUAUAUUGGAGUAUCCCUGAAGUGGAAUUUUUCAACAUUGGGCCGCCCCUAUGUACCUGGCGGCAUUGUGGAGCUGUUAUGUGGCGCUUGGAGAGUACGUUAGCCACGUGAAAUGAUAUGACUCCUUCUUUUGGACUGUGUUGCAAGAAUGACAAAGUUAA